UAAUUAGAUUUUGAAGCAUCAAAACAAAAAGCCCAAAAAAACAAAAACCACCUCACCUUCCCAAACCACCAAAACCACCUUUAUCGUUUUUAUCAUUUUUUUUUCCUUUUUUCCAAUUUCCGAAACCUGUAUACCCAACAUCCAAAACACCGUUUUGUAUUUCAAAAUCCUUUUCUGUAUUUUUGUUAAAUUGCACAGCGACACCUUUAAUUUUCUGGUUCUGGCGGUCCGAAUCCGACGAGUCGUUGGCGGUGGCCUUGGGUUGUUGAAUCAGGAGCGUACACGUGUAAAACGAUUAAAAAUGGGAACGGCGGUGAUGGAAGGGGAGUGGGGCACCUGGGAGGAGCUCCUAUUGGGCGGUGCCGUGCUCCGCCACGGGACUCGAGACUGGGACACGGUCGCCGCCGAACUCCGAGCUAGAGCCCUUUGUCCUUACAAUUUUACCGCGGAGGUGUGCAAAGCCAAAUAUGAAGACUUACAACAUCGUUAUACAGGAUGCACGGCUUGGUUUGAGGAGCUACGAAAGAAGCGAAUGGCAGAGUUGAGGCAGGCUUUAGAGCAUUCAGAAGACUCAAUAGGAUCUCUUGAAACAAAACUUGAAACUCUGAAGGCUGAAAAAGGUCACUCUCGAGUCAACUAUGCCUCCAGCCAAACUGAAUCACCUUUAACUUUCCAAAAGUCAGAAGGAGUUGAUUCCUUUAGCAAAGAGUCCAAGGAUGGUCUUUCUGCUGGCAGUUUCACUCUGGAAACAAGAACAAGCUGGUCAGCUGAAUGUCAAAUUCCGUCUACAGUCUCAGCCGAAGAGACAGAGACAAAGCCUAAAGAUUUACACUCUUUUGAGUCGGUAGAAGCGUCGAUUACUGAGAAAUUAGAAGAUAAUGCACAUGAAAGACAAGGAAGGAUACUUAAGAAAAGGAGAGGGAAAAGAAAGAGAAAAGAUUGUAGCAGGGACAUCAAAGAAAGCAGUGUUGGAGAAAGUGGCUUUUUAGAUUCAGCUGAAGCGAUGACUGUAUUUCUGUCUAAAGAAAAUACAACAAGCGAUUGUGGUGAGGUUUCUAGAUCAUCUGGUUUCGAUAAUCAAAGUAAAGGGAUAAAGAAGGAUAGUAUUGAUGAUCUGUUGAAGAUUUUCAAUUCCAUUGUGGAACAUAAAUGUGCCUCUACCUUUCUUCGUCGACUUGACAGCCAGAAGAGAGGAAGAUAUAAGAAAAUGAUUAGGAAGCACAUGGAUUUUGACACUUUAAGAUCAAGAAUCACCAGCCACUCAGUGGUGUCAGUUGAGGAGCUCUUUCGAGAUCUUCUGCUGCUCGCGAAUAAUGCCUUAGUUUUCUACUCCAAGAACACACGCGAACACAAAUCUGCUUUGCUCCUAAGAGACCUUGCCACCAAAACAUUGCACCAGCAUUUCAAUGAUUCUGUCAUAACAACUCAAAGUAGUCCUCCUCCUCCUCCUCCUCCUCCAGUUAAGCCCGAAAGUGUUCAUUCUGGUAACAAAAACUUGGCUGUAAAACCAACCCAUUCGAAGGUUAAUGACACUGCCAAGAGUCCCAAGAAAGGCAGUAGCCUGGCAAGAAGAGUUGGACGUAAAAGUAAUACUCAACAACAAACCGUUGCUCCUGUGAAGGGAAGGAAAAGAGGCCGGACAAGAUAAAAGUAGUGAAAAUGUAAAUUGGUUCAACUAGUACUUUUGCUAUGUUUAAAACCAGGUAUAGCUUGAGGCUUUAGAUUCAGCAGAUACCGUAGCCUAGGAUGGUAUUUCUUUCUUGUACAAAUUUUUAACCUUGUUCUUCUUGUAAGACUUACAAUCGUUCGAUGUAAUAUACUUGGGUUGAAACAAGAAAAACAAGAAUAUGAAUAUGUAGAGCAGUUGCCAGUGGUCUUCCUCUGUUU